UACAUUAUGAAGUGUCAGUCGAGUACGAAACGUGAUUGCGGGGUGUACAACAUAGUGGUUGUAGCUUUUUCAUGACCAGUGGGAAAUUGAAGUGAGUGAUAAAUAUUUGCGAAAAAUUUCAAGGCAUUUUGUUGAGAUUCGUCUUUCUCGCUCUUGUUCAAAGUGUCAAGAUUCGAUGACGAGUUUUAGUGAUGAUCGCUAAUCGUGGGAGAGCCGUUGAGUAAAUCAAUGAUGGAUCGAAAAAGUGAGGUGAAUAAAUCUAAAAAUAGAGUUCCAAAACGUAAAGGGUUCGUCUGAAUAAGUGCAAUAAAUGAGUUGAAAUAAGAAGUGAAAAAUUGUGACUGUUUGUGAAAAAAGAAGAACACGUCGAAUGAAGGAAUAAUAUAAAUAAUAGUAGAUUGAACUAUGAUUGGGGCGGUGCGAAUGAAGAGAGCACAUUUUCACAGUGAUAAUAAGCAUGUGGUGUCAAGCGCGAGCGUAAUUUUUAAGUCGGCGGUAAUGCCUCUGAAACUGCGAACGUGAACGGUUCCAUACGUCUGUCAACAGACAAAUAGAAAAAAUUUUACAAACAGUACUGCUGAAUUGUCAAAAUGUGUCCAUCCGAUUGAGGUUAGUAGUGACGAUAAAAAACCUAAUAAUUUUGAAAAAUAAGUUGAAAACCGCAUCCGAUAAGAAUAUGAACUCAACAUAGAGAUAUAUUCGGAAUUAACAUAUCAACAUAGAUAUGACAUACGAUCUAUUCCAUAGUAUCGGUUCAGCGGAUAGAACAUGUGUGACAAAACUGUCGAUUGUGGUGAACUUGAACACUUCAAGGCAAUCUUGUUGAAUACAAUACCACAGAGAAAACUAGCACUCGAGUGAACGGAUGUUGGUAUGUGGGUUUAGUUUGCAGCAACAGUAGUAAUAACGCUUCAACCUUUACGAUUAACCAAAUGAACGAUAAGGAAAAUGUGCCUCAAUAAGCUGAUAAGAUAAUUCAUCCAGUGUCCAAUACAAUUUAUCACCGCAGUGUGUCGCACAUUUACAAUUUCGGUUGGUGUUUGUUUAAAUCUAUAGUCAACGGCGACCGACCACUAUAGAAAAGUGACAGAUUGAAAUACUACCUUCUUCACAAUCAAGAGAAUUUGCGGCGUCAUAAUUGUGUAGAGUGACAAAUAUUUUUCAAUCUAAAAAACAUCGUUGAAUUGUUCCAGGUGUAAUUAGGUGUUUUAUUAGGCGGCGUCAUCGUAGUCGUCUUCUUUUUGGAUGCGUGGAAGUCCAAUGCAAAUAAUCGUUUUGCAUUACUUGUAGCAGUACGAAAAAAAGUGGAACACCUAAUAGUGAGACAAACGACUUGUCAGCUGACUGGUAUUAAAAUGAGUCCUAGUGGCAAUAAUUGGGAUGUGAAUUUUUCUAUAUCGACUCUUUUCAGACUGUACAUAGUAACCUGGAACGUGGGCACCAAAUUUCCUGAGAACCUUUCACUUCAUAAACUACUGGGGUUGGACCUAACAUCUGGACAUGAAGCAGAACUUCCGGAUUUUUUCGUCGUCGGUUUACAAGAAGUCAAUGCUCAACCACAAAACACGCUAUACAAUCUGUUUAAGGAUGACUUGUGGACCCAAAAGUUCAAAGAGCUGCUCAAGGAGCGAGACUAUGUUGUGAUAAAAACGGAACAGAUGCAAGGAUUGCUGCUGUCAGUAUUCGCCAAACGGAAACAUUUGCUGCACUUGCGACAGAUUGAAACCGAAUACACCCGAACGGGAUUGGGAGGAAUAUGGGGUAACAAAGGUGCUGUUAGUAUAAGACUUAACGUUUAUGGGUGUUCUAUAUGCUUGGUUAAUGCCCACCUGGCUGCCCACGAUCAUAUGCUAGAGGAAAGGAUAAACGAUUAUGAGAAAAUAGUACAGGAACACAAAUUCCACGUCAAAACGAAAGAGACCAUUUUUGAUCAUGAUUACGUAUUCUGGUUCGGUGAUCUCAACUUUCGAUUAACAGGUGAGGCCACAACAUCAGCGGAAGAGAUUCGUGCAAUGGUGGCAAAAGAUCAGUUGAAGAAAUUGAUCGACAAGGACCAAUUGUUACUUGUUCGACGGGAAAACCGGGCGUUUCAAAAGCUCAAUGAACGUUUACCACAAUUUCCACCGACCUUCAAGUUUGAACAAGGCACCAACGAUUACGAUAUGAAGCGCCGUCCUGCCUGGACUGAUCGGAUACUGUACGCCGUAAAGGAAAACAACUACCGGAACGUGAAACUGACGGUGGAUCAAACGUCCUAUAAAAGUCAUCCCAGCUAUAGCAUUAGUGAUCACAAACCGGUAACGAGUGAAUUCACGAUCAAGUGCCAAAUCAUCUCGAAGUACGAGUUUCAUCGAAAAUAUUACGCUAACGAGCGCAACAAAAAAUACGCUUCAUUGUUGAAGGCCGACAAUCACCAGGUGGUACGUAAGCCCCAGUACAGUGGUGAGCGUUUCAAGGUCAAUCACCAACAGCGGCUCAGUUACCGGAUGGCGAUCGCCAACGGUACCGAGACCGCUGCCUCGUUGAACUCAUUCGAUGACCUCGUUUCCGAUCUGAUUGAUGGUGCACAGGUGUACGAGGACACGACGGAGCGGACGAUUGUUUUCAAACCGAUUGAGUUAUGGUCGGUGGGUGAACCAAACAAGAUCGAAUACACUAUACCAGCUGGGUUCGAGGAGAGUAGUUCCGAUUGGAUCGGUAUUUAUAGGGAGGAUUUCACAAGUUUAAGCGAAUAUCUGGCAUAUGAGUACACCGAGGGCUACAAGGAAAAGCAACAUCAACUGAACGCACAGCAACAGCAACAACUGAAGAACACCCGUACUGUUGAGCUAACGUUUUCGGAGAACGUUAGUGUACCGCUGGGUGCUCACUAUCAACUUCUGUAUUUCCAGAGCACGGGCACACGGGGAGUGACAGGUCUAGUGGGCAUUAGCAACACUUUUGCUGUGGUGAAAAGAUGUCCUUCACCAUCCUUCGAUGAUAUCGAUUAGUCGGGAAGGAAGAAUCACAGUGGAAUACACUGAAGCACCAGAUAGUUUCUCGCCGGGCACACGAGUGUGAUACUUUAUAGUCACUAAUUUUAGCUGUUACAAUGCGUGAUAAGGUUGAUUAAAUAAUUUCAGUCGUUUAGUUUUUAGUUUGCUUACAAUUUUCGAUUGAGAGAGGCCUUUUGAAUAGAAAUAUAAGUAUAGAUUCUAUUGUUUGCAAGAAGCUUAUAGUUACGGUUUAAAAGCGGCCUUUAGAAAGAUCAAUCAGAGGGCUAAUGAGUAAGGAUUUAUUGGGUUCGGAAUGAGCAGAAGUUAUUGACAUUGCAAAUAAUUGUCAAUAAAUAAUAAUGAUCGUUAAUAUUCUCUUCAAAAUCUAUUCAGCUAGAGAUUCAUCAAUAAACUGAAAGUUAAUCGAUGACUUUGUUCAUUAUUCAAAUUUUGCUUUGAAUAAAUAUCAACGUUGAACAGGAAAUUAUUGAUUCCGAUACUCACAGGGAAAUAUGACGGGUUCAACAGCAUCAAGUAUAUUUCAGCGAUCGUUUUCUUGGUUAACUUGACUAAAGAAUUUAUAGCACGUCGAAAAGUAAACAAAGUUUUCUAUUGCGAUAAAAACGUUUAGAUAAAGAUGCUCAAUGCAAAUGUUAUGUGUCCCUUACAUGAAUCCUGCAAAAGUAAUGUUAUUGCUAUAUGUACAUAAUAUUGAACAUCUAUAAAUAGCGUUGUAUCCUUGUUUGAAAAUUUCCUACAUUAUUAUUCAACGUGUGUAAAACGAUUGUUGGAAUCGAUCCGCUCCGCAAAUUGAGUCAACAGUGGACUGUUAAGCAUGGCCUUUACGCAAAAUGGUUAAUUUUCUAGUACCUUAAAAUGAAUCGCAAGUUAAUGAUUAAAGCAGCCGCCAUAAAUCAAACAACUAAAAUAUAGGAUGUGUAAGAAAUUUAAUAAGCAAAGACAUGUUAUUACGCUUGUGCACCAAAUACUUUGCAAAUAUUGUUAAAUUUGAAAGUAAGAAAAAUAUCAAUAAAACGUUUGCUGCCAACUAAA